UUAUUUCUUCUUUUCUUUUUUUUUUCAAUAAAAUAAAUUCUAUGAAAGAUAAUAAUUUUUAUACUGGUUAAUAAUAUACACUUACGUGAAAUUCUACACUUUCUCUCCUUACUUUUUCCGAGUAAAGUGACUUUCGUCCGCAUUUAGACGCUUUAUCGUUCACCAAACUCUCUUCGUACAUUGUCGCGUUUAUAUUUUCUUCGUUUAUGUUAACCCGACAUUUAACAAACGAUGAAUUUAAGAAUCUUAAUUGACAGCAUGUAAACUUUCUUUUCGUGAAAUAAGAUCGAUCAUAAAGAUAAACAGUAUUUCGAUUCUAAGCUUCGGUUCAAUAGGAUCACUUUGUUGUACGAAAAUCGAUCGAGUGUCUAUCGUUUAAAUUUAUUAAUGUAAGUGAUUUUUGUUUGACGAAUAAAAGAAAAAACAUUUCGAAAAUAAAAACUACUUGUGGCAACGUUGAUCUUCAAGCAAACAAUCAGAUAACAAAUUAUCGUGAAAAAUUGGACGUAAUCUUUACACGCUAACCAGUGAAAUAUCAACGAAACCAAACAGUGAUAUGAAGAAUACGCAAACUAAUGGAUAUGCGGAUGUGAACGUUAAACAAGUUCAAAACGGAAAAGAUAGAAAAGUCGACGAGGACUAUGGCGAAGACAUUGACGCCGUGCAACAGGCAAUCGGUGAUCUCGGAAGAUGGCAAAUCCUCGUUUGCCUGGCGAUCUCGCUCGUUAAGUUUCCAGUUGCUUGGCAUCAACUGGCGAUCGUCUUCAUGGCACCUCAUCAAAAAUACAAUUGCACGGCACCAGCAAAAACGAAAUUAUUAGAUCAAUGUAUGGUCAGCAUUAAUGAAACAAAUAUGGAAUGUACAGAAUGGGAAUACGAUAGAAGUAUAUUUCCAGAGACUGUAAUAUCGCAGUGGAAUUUAGUGUGCAGUAGAACACACUAUGCUAAUAUACAACAAUCGAUUUUAAUGUUCGGUGUACUACUUGGAAAUGUCAUUUUUGGAAGCCUGGCCGAUAGGUACGGUAGAAAAUUACCUUUGAUGGCCUCAGUCAUUUUACAACUGACUUCAGGUAUCGGCUGUGCUGUAGUUCCAUGGUUUCCAGCGUUGUUAGCACUAAAAUUACUCAGUGCCAUGGCUACAGGUGGAACAAUGGUCACUAGUUAUGUCAUUUGUAUGGAAAUAGUCGGUACACAGUGGCGAGCAGCUAUCACUGUACUUUAUCAAAUUCCUUUUAGCUUAGGACAAAUGUCUUUGGCUGGAAUCGCUUAUAUGUUUCGCCAUUGGCAACACCUUCAAAUUGCCAUUACGGUACCUUCUAUUAUUCUCUUAAGUUAUUGGUGGAUCGUGCCUGAAUCACCAAGAUGGUUACUUGCCAUGGGUAGACAAAAGGCAGCUUGUAAAAUUUUAGAAAAAGUAGCUAUUAUCAAUAAGAUAGACAAUAAAGACAUUCCAGAUACAGUUAGAAGACAUUGUCUUCAUCAGAAUUCCAGAAGAACAGCCCAGGAUCAUAAUGCAUCUUUCCUAGACUUGUUCCGCACACCUAACAUGAGAGUGAAAUCAUUAUCGAUCUUUUUUAAUUGGAUUGUUUGCGGAAUGGGUCUUUUUGGAAUGUCACAGUACAUUGGUCAAGUAGGCGGUGAUAUUUUUAUUAACUUUGCUAUCUCUGGAGCGAUACAAGUACCAGGAAAUUUCGUAGCUUGGUGGGCAAUGAACAAGUUAGGCAGAAAAGUAACUUUAAUUAGCAGCAACGUAAUAGCUGGUAUUUCUUCUCUCGCCCUCAUCAUUGUACCACAUGAUCUCGCAUGGCUGAGACUAAUCCUCGUUUGUUUCGGUAUUGUCGGCAUGUCGGUAGCUUUCACUUCGGUUUAUCUUUUUUCGGGCGAAUUAUUUCCGACAGUUGUUAGAAACAUGGGUGUUGGUACUAGUAGUAUGUGUGCAAGAAUAGGUUCUAUUGUGGCACCUUUUGUCGUAUCUUUGAAUCACGUAGCAGAAUGGUUACCACCAAUUAUUUUUGGAUGUCUGCCGAUUAUGGGAGCUAUGCUUUGUCUCUUGUUACCAGAAACAGCAGGAUGUACACUUCCGGAAACGCUUCAAGAUGGAGAAGAUUUUGGCAAAAAACCUAAGAAAACAAAGAUAACGAAUGUAAAAGACAUAAUGGAGCAUAAUGAAGAGGAAAAAUCUAUCGUAUAAGGACAAUCAAAAAACUUCAAUUGACAAAUCUGUUAUCGUACAAUUAAAUAAUAUAUAUUAUUAUAUAAAUACUACACGGGGGGUCAUUCCACGUCCUUAUUUAUUACAUCGCGUAUAUGUACAAAUUGGAGGUUGAUUACGAAGAAUUCGUUCGAUUUGCCUCGAAAAAAAGAAUCGUUUCAAAUUUAUAAAAAUUCAACGUUAACAUUGCAACACUAUCAUACAUGUGAUAGUUUUUAAUUCGUAUAAAACAUUACUGCCAAAUAAAAAUUUGAAAGAGCAAUGUUUUGUAUGGUUUGUACGAGAACAUGUAAAUAGAAAUUUCUUUUUUAUA